UUCCCGCUGUGUGAUGGUGCUCACACAAAGCACAACGAGGAAACUGGUGACAACGUUGGGCCACUGAUCAUCAAGAAGAAGGAGGCAUAG